AUGCCCGCAGCAGCUCACCUGCAGCUGUCCCUCGGCUCGGAGCUGUCCCUCCUCUGCCUCGGCGUCCUCCUGGGCUGUGCCAUGUGCUGGUGGCACCGCCGGCGCCCGGGCCGCCCCCUGGGCCGGCAGCGAGUGGAGCUGGGGGCGGCUCUGCCCGCGGCCACGGUGCCGGUGCCGGUCCAGCAGCACCGCGAGGAGCGGGCGGGACCAGCGCUGGGUGCCCGGGCCAAGGAGAUCUCCCAGGGCAGAGCAUCCCUGCCCUUCCUCCCCUUCCUCCCGCAGCUGCCGGGGCUGUGGCAGCGCCGCUGCACCAUCGCCGGCACCGAGCUUCUCUGCCAGCAUCGGAGCCCGCUGGUCCCCGCCGAGCCAGGCUCGCCCCCGCGUCCCCGGCUGCGCUGCGAGCUGAGCUACUCCGUGCCCGAGGCCACCCUCACUGUCACCGUCCUCGGCGUGUCGCCCCUGCCCCAGGGCCACCAGGGCUCCCGGGUUAAGGUGGCCCUGGUGCCGCUGGCCCGGCGCGGCUCCGUGCGCUGCAGGAGCGUCCGGCCCGGCCGCCGGUGCCGGUUCGGCCCGCACGGCCCGGAGGAGCUGCGCAGCUGCACCCUGCGCUUUGCUGUCUACGCCAGGGCACGGAGCCUACGGGAUUCCUUCGUGGGCGAGGUGCUGUUCCCCUGCGCCGAGGCCUCCUGGGACCCCCGCGCCCCCUGCAGCUACUCCUGGGAGCUGGCGAGCACCAAAACCAAGCUCAGCAAGCCCCGCGGUGCCCACGGCCUGAGCUGCAGCGUCCUCUCCUCGCCCCCCAGAGCCCUGGGCCAGCUCCUGCUGCUGCUGCAGCUCCAGGCCCCGGCCGGGCGCAUCAAGGUGCUGCUGCGCAAGGCAGAGGCGCUGGGCCGGCUCUCCCGCCUGCCGGGCACCCCAGGCCACUAUGUCAUCGUGCACCUCCUCCACCACGGCCACAUCCUCGACACCAAGGAGACCAAAUCUGUCAGCAGCUACAACCCCGUGUGGAACACGCCCUUCCUCUUCAACAUCCCCACCGGGGACACCCAGCAGCAGGAGCUGGCCUUGGAGUUCAUUGUCAUGCAGGCUCGGCUCCACGCCCGCGGCUCCGCGCUGGGCCGUGUCCAGGUGGGACCAGCUGUCCCCAAGGCCGGGAUGCAGCACUGGAGGGACAUGUGCAGCCGGGCACCGCUGGAGUCAGAGCGCUGGCACCACAUCCAGCCCCAUCCAUCCCCAUGAUGCUGGUGUCUGCACCACUGAAUUGGUGGCUUCUCUUCAUUUUCUUCUGUCUUCACUCAGAGCCAGGAUUAAAAACGCGAAGGAGACGA